GUUUUGCUGUGGCAGACGAUGCUGAGGCGUUGCUGCCAUGAAUUUCUUUUCUCUUUCGUUUCUUUUUCUUUCUCUUUCAUUCCUUUUCUUUUCUCUAUCGUUUUUCUUUUCUUUUCUCUAUCGUUUCUUUUCUUUUCUCUUUCUCUUCUUUUCAUUUCUCUUUCAUUUCUCUUUCAUUUUUAUUUUACUUUAAAGUUUGGCUUUUUAUUUUAUUUUGCGGCAAACCGAGAAACGCAACACGGGACGACGAAUAUACAAUGGAAGGAGCGCACCAC